AUGUCUGCGCUGGAGGCGACCGCCGCGCUCGCCGGGAUCGCCGCGGUCGCCGGCGCCUCCUCCAAGCAAUUCAUCGGCGGUGCAGUUCCCAAGAGGAUGACCCGCGUCGCGGACAGGUCAUACUACGGCCCGUGGAGCGCCAAGGGCCUCAACCUCCCCGCUACCUGGUCCGUCACCCCGGGGGGCGCGGCCCGGAAUCGCGGCCGCGAGGUUCGCGCCAACGCCGCAGCCGCGGCGGCUCACCCGCCGAACGUCAACGUCUCCCUAAACGAGGUCCUCGCGCAGCUCGCCGCGGGAGUGUCCUUUCGGAACCCCCAGGAAUCGUCCGCGGGGCACAGAGCCGGGCUCAUCAGCGACGCCGCCGCCGCCGCCGACGCCGACGAAAACGAAGACGCCCUGCCGCCCUUCCAGUCGGUCGUGGAGAGCGCACGCUUCAUCGCGGGCGCGACAGAGGACGCGACACCCCCGGGCGGCCUGACCCUAAACCCUAAACCUACCCCGCCCCCGCUGCCCACGCCGCCCCCGCGACCGUCGUCGGUUGCGUACGUCGCGUCGUCGCCCGCGUACCAAUCCCCGCCUCCUCCGCUGAUUCGUUCGCCGGGUUCGAUGGGAUACGACGCCUCUCUCUCGGCGGCACCCGCGGCGGCGAUGGCGAUGGCGUCCGGGGUUGGUGCCGCCGUCCUGCCGCAGUCGAUGUCCGUCGCCGGGGGCGUCGUCGCGUGCGUCGUCGGCAGCGCGGUGGCGGCGUUUUUGUUGGCGCUCAUCCCCGUGCUGCAGGCGGUGAAGGGCGCGGCGGACGAGAUCGCGGGAUUGGCCGCGGCGAUCCGCGAGGAGGUCCCGGACACCCUCGCGGCCGUGCGACUGUCCGGCCUGGAGCUCACGGACUGCCUCGAGGAGGUUGGCGAGCUGACCCACGAGGUUGGCUCCGGCGUCAAGUCCACCGGCCGCGCGGUGACCUACACGGUGGACACAGCCGGCGCGCUCGGCAAGGCUGCCGCCGACGGGGUCAAGAGGGCCAUACCGGUCGUCAAGGAGAAGGCCACGCCCGUGGUACAGCGCGUGCUGGAGCGCGCGCCGGUGGCGGUGGAGGGCGUGGAGGCUCGGCUCGAGGAGAACGCGUCCACGGAGGAGUACUCCGGUCCGGUGGUUGUCGCCGCCGCGAGGGCGACCAAGUCCGGGGUGCAGUACGCGAGGGGCGCGCUGCGCGCCGCGGGGGUGGCGAAGAAGGUUGGGCAGGCGUACAAGGCUGUGAGGGACAUGAACAAGGCUGGAGCGGAUGAGGUUAGACGCGACGAGCGCGGGCCCCGGGACGAGGACGCCUGAAUGAAAUGCCGAUAUCCGAAAUUAUUUGA